AUGGCUGCUGCAGUUUGCGCAGCAUGCAACAUGCCACUAUAUUCGCUUAUUUUCAAACAGCGCUUUGCUUUUGUGGCACUUGGGAUUGGAUUUUUGCGAAUGCGUAUUAACCAGAACAUAUUUCGUGAAACUAAACAGUUGGAAGAAAUGAAGAAGUUCCAGAUGGUUUGGCAUUACGGGUCGCUAUUGCUAUUUGUAUUAUGUGUGAGGAGUAUUUAUGCUACAACGAGAUCAGACGAUGAACCAAAAGGACCAAAAGUAACUGACAAGGUUGUCUUUACGAUAAAAAUAGGAGAUGAAGAAGUGGGCACAGUAACAAUUGGCCUAUUUGGGAAGACAGUUCCGAAAACUGUAAAAAACUUCAUCCAAUUAUCAAAGAAGACAGAAGGAGAAGGAUAUACUGGCUCGAAAUUCCAUAGAAUUAUCAAAGAUUUCAUGGUACAAGGUGGAGACUUCACUAAUGGUGACGGUACCGGCAGUAAAUCCAUUUACGGUGAAAAAUUUGCCGAUGAAAAUUUUAAACUUAAGCAUUACGGUGCAGGAUGGGUUAGUAUGGCAAAUGCCGGACCAGAUUCGAACGGUUCUCAAUUCUUCAUCACCUUAAAAAAAACACCUUGGCUCGAUGGCAAACACGUUGUUUUUGGCAAGGUCCUCGAUGGAAUGAAAGUAGUAAGGGAAAUGGAAAAUACGAAAACCGUAAAGCCUAGUGACAAGCCCGUAAAGGAUGUCGUAAUAGUAAAGGCAGAACAUAUUGUUGUAGAUGCUCCAUUUGCGAUCCACAAGACUGAUGCGGAAGAAUAA